AUGCCCCACAUAUAUGGAAAGACAGUUUUUAAACUAUGACUUUAUUAAAUUAGAGCACUCAUCAGCCCUUCCUUUUAGCUUCUAUUGAUGACCCUGUUGACGAAGCUUCCACUGAAGUGGUCAACAUUGAUGUGUCUCACUUAAAUGGUUCAAAUGAAAGCCAAGAUGAUGACUCAGCAGAACUGGUGAGGCAAUUAGAGGCUGGUUCAAAUAAAGAUUUAAAAGUAGUGCACCUGACUUUAAUUGUGAUUUUAAGCUUCAAGAAGGUGAUUCUGACCUAAAUAGAAAUACAGCCAAGCUCUGUUCUAUUUUUGAGUCAUUUAACAUGUGAAACAUAGUGUCAUAUAAUACAAGGAUAACACCCACAUCAUGUACUUUGUUAGACCUUUUUGUAACAACAAGAAGAGACCUAAUCAGCGAGUCAGGAUUAUAUCCAUUGGAGAUAUCACAUCAUAAUCUAGUUUAUGUUACAAUGAAAUUAAAGAACAAAAGACCACCUCUAAAUUGCAUUAAAAUGAGAGAUUACAAGAGACUUGAUCAGGAUAAAUUUCAGUCUGAUAUCGAAUCUGCACCAUUUCAUAUUGGAUCAAUCUUUGACAAUGCAGACACCAGGCUUUGA